GUAUGUUGACCAGCGGUACACGUCCACCGAUGCAGAGGGACUAGGCUCUCCAAAAAUCACGAAGGACGAACAAGUUCGAUACAUUAUGCAUCCAUAAUCCAUCGGUUUCAGCAAAAAGUGACUGUGACUAUUCCGCAUCGCAGAGUUUGAGUAUCAUAUCGCAAAUUGCGUAUUAUUUGCAAAGAUGAUUGCCAGAGGAUGCUUCAUUUUUACAAUUUUGGCUACUUGCGUUCUGUCAUGGCCAGUGCCUGAAAGUCGCUUGGAGAAUGAAGACGUGAAGGUGAUGAAAUGCAUUGUGGAGGCGUUGGCUGAUGUGCUAUCGAGGCCACAGAAUUUACCGGUUCGCCAAGAGUGUGUGGACACACUGAGGAGAGAUGAAAGGCUUGUUUCCAUCCUACGCCAUCACAACUUCCUCAAAGAGCUGCAGAGCAUUGCUCUCCAAGGUACCAAUGGAAACACUGAGCAGCAGAGUGACAUCACAGCUGAUCAUGUGACCAGGACUCCGCAGCACACAGAGGAUGUUGCAGAUCGAUCGAUGCUGGAAGCGCUGGGCGGACCAGGGGAGAGGUCUAUCCUUGCAGAGAAAAGGCCAACAGCAGGAGGUAGAGAGGAGGAAAGCACCGAGAAGAAUGAAGAGUCACAGGAGGGCAACGAGAUAAGGAGAGACGAAGAGGAGAGCGACAAGGACGAGAACCCCGACAAUCGCAUCUCUGACUCUAUGAACGAGGAGGAGAACAUGGAAAAGGGGGAACUGGUUGAGAAGAAACGAGAGGACGAGGGGGAAGAGGAAGAUGACGAGGAAGAGGAACUGGAGUUGAAGCGCCAGACCUCCGAGGAGGAUUCAGAGGAAGAUCGAAGCCAUGGAGAUGAUGUGAAAGACGACCACAAAGGUGCCGCAUCAAGUGAAAAGCAGUCGGAGACCUCUGCAGAGGAGGAGGAGAAAAGAUCUGUUGUGUUCCUCGGUGACGGCACCGAGUCAGAAAAGAAGGGUGAGAGGGAAGCGGAGGAGGAGGAGGGGAAGUUGAAGGAGGAGAGCGCUGACGACUCGAAGCAUUGGAGCAGGAGGAGUGAGCUGGCGCCAAUGAAGACAAGGCCCAAAGAAGCAGAGGGGCUGGAAGUGAGGUCGCUGGAGGUCAGAGAGCCACAGGAAGUGCCCCACCACUCAAAGGAGGUGGUGGGAGAGGAGGGGGAAGAGACAGCGCAAAGGAGCCCUGAGGUGAAGGAGUUGCAGAUGAUGGCUCGAAGAAUACCAACGGAGAAAGGAGCUGAAGAGGAAGAAGGCAGUGCGAUCAGGAAGACAGAGGAUCCUGAGAUUGCAAGUCUGGCUGCCUUAGAAUCUGAGCUGGAGAACGUCGCCCAGAAACUCCAUGAGCUGAGACAAGGCUGAGGCGAAAACGAAACCCAAGCCUUCCUCUCUUCCUCCUCUCUUCCUCCUCUCUUCCACCUCUCUUCCUCCUCUCUUCCUCCUCUCAACCAGUCCUGUUGCGACAAAGCCCGGUGUGAAUUUGACAUGAGAUUCAAUCUCCCUCUCCCUCUUCCCUUUUGUCUCGAGAGAUAGCCUUCUCCUGCUCCAGAUGUCUUGUGAAAUACUCGCCUCCCUCACACAUACUUGAGCACCGCAGACACAUUCCAUGUGCACCCACCCACCCACCCACACACCCACUCUAAGGCUCUAAUGGACCUCUAUUGCUUGGCUGCAGAAGGACCUCAUUCACUUAUUUUCUCUCCCUUGCUGUCUUUCUGCUGUAGCUUGAUUACUGCGUCGGACCUGCUUUCCAACUGAUUUUUGUUAGCACUGCGAUGACUCAUUAGAUAAAGGAUAGCAGUUGCAAUUAUUACUGUCACUCGUUGCUAAAACGAUAGGGCUUAUGUAUGUGGAAAUGAUUUAAAGGAUGUUGAUUUAUUUGAUUUAUCAUGGCUUGAUAAAGCAAAAGCCAAUGCAAUAACAAACAUUUUAUUAGGUAAAUUAUGAACUUGACUAUAAGCAAAAUCUGUAUGGACUUUAUCUAAGAAAACGAAUAAAUUGGAUUGUCAUCUGGAGAUGUCUGAA